AUGAGCUUCACAUGGCUGCUGUCUUUUGAUAAGCAAUCAUUGUUGAUGGAUUUCUUUCUUUCUGCUUUGGUUGAGUUAUUGAACCGCGGCAAAUGUCCAGUGCUGACUGGAAUCAAUAUAUUCCAACUGGAACAUGAUUUAGCAGAAACACAAAAAGCUGCAGGAUUACCUGUGGCCAUACCUAAAGAAUCUGGUUCUCCCAGUAACCAACGGGUUGAGAAAACCGUUGUUACCAUGGGGAACCCAACAAGUUUACCAAAGUCACCCGAUAAUGACCUCAGCCUCGACACAGACACCAUGUCGUCCGGAUCAGAAAUAUCUAUUUCAGAUGUAGGAUUAAGUCCAGAAGCUGAAUUAUUGGACUCUCAAGUGGUGAUAGAAAAGAGUGGCGCCAAGCCUCAAGACCUGGAUGCUGUCCCAGAAACAGAGCUCUUGGAUAUUUCUGCCAACAGAACUAAGGCAACGCUAGCAAACGUUGGCAGUCUUGCUACUAGGCGACCACCCACAAAGAAAGGAAAGAGUGAAUGUGACAGUGAUCAAGAAGAUAUGGAAGAGAACAAUGAAGGGAUUCCAGAAAUUCAGGGAGACAACACUAGCAACAACAUCGGUAACAAUGGUGUUGAUGGCGGUGACGGCGGUGGCUUGGAGACCUGGAUCAAACACGACAGACUGCCUGCAUUUGUACACAUUUUCAGGAAUUGUCUGGAUAAGAAACCAUUUGGAAGAGACAGCCACUCCGAUACAUCUUCGUCAAUGUCACAGACAUCAUAUGACCCCUCAAAACCCGUGUUCAAGGACCUCAGCUCAGAGAUCCCUGACAGUUCGGUGCCCAGCACCGAGACCACAGAUACCUUGGAUGCAACAAAUUCUUCAAAGGAACCUGUUACCUUGGUCUCUAGCAGACCCCUUUCAGGGGAUAAAAUUAAUUCAGAAGGUUUUACAGUCAGCUUAUUCCCUUCCAAGUUUAAACGAAUUGGUUCCGCAGAAAAUUGGGGAAAGAAAAAGAACAAAAUGAAAUCCCACCCCAUUCGAUUAAUUAGUAGUCAUUCGUUAGAAACUUUUCCUGCCUCUUACGAGUACGACUCUGAACCCAGUUCCAGCUCCAGUGGUGUUGUACUUCUGUCUAGUCGGCCACUUGAACCAGACAACUUCAUUUCUUGGAAUGGUAACAGAACAGGUGCUCAACCAAACAUCUCCAUUGAACACUCACCUGCUAGCACAGCAUCAAACAGAAGCCCAGAUUCCAAAUCAAACAGAUACUCAUUGAAAAGUAAUUUAUCAUCAAAUCCAUCGGAGGAUUCCACCUUAAAUAAACGAAGUAACCCAACCAAUGUAGGUUCAAUCACUGACUGGAGCCACGAUCAUGUUUGUCAUUGGUUGCAGACUCUUGAAAUGACUCAGUAUAUCCCGAGCUUCCACGAGAAACAGAUCUCUGGCAAAGACCUACUACUUCUGGACGGAUCUAAACUUAAGACCCUUGGAGUGAGCAGCAGCAGUGACCGGAAUGUGUUGAAGAAGAAAAUCAAAGAGAUGAAGACGGCUGCCGAUAAAGAACGCAAACAAAUGGAGAAGGAGCGAAAGGCCAAAGAAAAAGAACAGAAAAAGUUACUUAAGAAGAAAUAAUCCAAACGGAGAAAUUUAAAAAAAAAAGAAAAAAAUUGCAAAGGGUAGGAAUUGGGUGGUUUAUAUAUAUAUAUAUGUAUAUAUAUAUAUAUAUAUAUAUAUAUAUAUAUAUAUAUAUAUAUAUAUAUAUAUAUAUACAUGCAUACAUAGAUACACACAUAGUAUGUGUGUAUAUAUGCAUAUAUAUAUACAUAUAUAUAUAUAUAUGCACAUACAUACACACACACACAUACUUGUAUGUAAGAUGGUGUGAAGACUUUACAUUUACUGUUUUGAGGUACUGAAACGAAACCCAAACUAAACCGAUUCCAAGACAGCUGCUUGCAGUACGGCAAUUUACCCUGAGGUAGAUUUGGUAAUUCAUAAUCAAGGAAUUAUUAUUAUGACUGUGAAAUUGUCUAUUAUUGUUGUUGUUGUUAUUAUUAUUAUUAUUAUUAUUAUGAUUAUUAUAUUUCGUCUUAUUAUUGUUUAUCAUUAUUAUUAUUAUUAUUUUUUUUUUUGUUAACAACCCUGUUCUCAUCUGUCUUUUAGCCAGUGAUCCAUUAUCUGCUGUAUGUAUGUAUGUGUGUGUGUAUUUAUAUACAUAUAUAACAUCUACAUACAUACGUACGCAUAAUUAUAAAUCGGCACCAUGUCUUGAC